CUUCCAUCACCGGAAUCAGUUUUAAACCUUUGUUCUUGUUCUUCGUGUUACUCACAUCAACCCAUGCAGAAACCAUGUCCACCCCAACUUCAAACCUAUUCCGAGAAUACAUAGGAGCGGAGUUCAACAACGUUAAGUUCUCCGAUGUUCCAAUUAACCCUAGUGUCCAGUUCCACUUCAUUCUCUCCUUCGCCAUUGACUACGACACCUCAUCAACCUCUUCUCCAACAAACGGAAAAUUCAACGUCUUCUGGGACACCGACAACCUUAACCCUACCCAAGUCUCAGCCGUGAAGGCGAAAAACUCAAACGUCAAAGUAGCCCUGAGUCUCGGAGGAGACAGCGUCGGAGGAGGCUCCGCUUACUUCAACCCCUCGUCGAUCGAUUCCUGGGUUUCCAACGCCGUUUCUUCACUGACAAGCAUAAUCAAAGAGUACAACUUGGACGGAAUCGACAUCGACUACGAGCACUUCAAAACGGACCCUGAAACGUUCUCGGAGUGUGUGGGGAGGGUGAUCAAGACGCUGAAAUCGAACGGGGUGAUAGAAUUUGCCUCCAUUGCUCCUUUUGACGAUGACCAAGUUCAGAGCCACUACCUGGCCUUGUGGAAGAGUUACGGGAACCUCAUAGACUACGUUAACUUUCAGUUUUAUGCGUACGACAAGGGCACCAGUGUGGCACAGUUCAUCGACUACUUCAACACGCAGAGUUCGAAUUACAAAGGUGGAAAGGUGUUGGUGAGUUUCAUCAGUGAUGGAAGUGGCGGUUUGGCCCCGAACGAUGGCUUCUUUACAGCAUGUCACACGCUAAAGACUCAGCAAAACCUUCAUGGUAUCUUUGUCUGGUCUGCUGAUGACUCCAUGGGAAAUGGUUUUCGUUAUGAGAAGCAAUCACAGGCCCUUUUGGCUUUACCCUAGUAAA